AAAAGAGAAGAGAAGAGAAAAGAGGAGAGAGAAAAUUCAAUGGCGUCUUCAACUGUACAACCCAUAGUUACCCCUUCAACAACUACUACUCCAUUAACAACAACUUCAAAUCAAAAUCAAAAUCAAAAUCAAAUUCCAGUAGUUCCAAAUCUCCCGCCACAAUCUCAACCACCUCUUUCAAAUAAUUUCAAUCCGAAGAAGAGACCUCUUGACCAUGUUUAUCUUCUUCAGAGUUCUCCUUACUUUAAGAUGCGUGCUUUUAUCAGAGACCUUCGUCCCCUUUUUCUUCAGGUUCUCCGUGCCCCCGACUUUCAAAACUGUGAAGCUGCCCGCAGGAUCCAAGAAAAAAUGACGCUUAUGGUGGAGUUAUGUAGACACCAGACAGCGGAGAAGGUACCGCUAGCUAAGUGCAACAGCGGAGCAGGAAGUUUAGAUUUCACUAACGAGAAACUGGGAGGCUUGGGCAGAAGCCUGCUGAUCAGCCAUCACAAGAAAGCGCUUCCCAGUAGGAAAUAA